GUCACGAUUAAUGGGCGUGCCAUAGGCUAAGUGUCAUGUGAUUACGACUUGGAGCAGUAGCAGUGGUUCGUAACGUAUCGAGGAAUUGCAGCCGCCGCCGCCGCCGCCGGGAGCCAUGGAUUUCCUUUUAGGCAAUGCGUUUGCGACACCGGUAGGACAGCGGAUCGAGAAAGCUACAGAUGGGUCCCUGCGUUCUGAAGAUUGGGCUCUGAACAUGGAAAUCUGUGAUAUUAUCAAUGAGACAGAAGAAGGCCCUAGAGAUGCGAUAAGAGCUCUGAAAAAGAGGAUUGUGGGAAAUAAGAACUUCCAAGAGGUGAUGCUUGCCCUAACGGCACUUGAAACUUGUGUGAAGAAUUGUGGACACCGAUUUCACGUUUUAGUAGCGAGCCAGGAAUUUGUUGAAGGUGUGCUUGUAAAGACAAUCCUCCCCAAAAACAAUCCACCUGCCAUAGUUCAUGAUAAAGUGCUCAAUUUGAUACAGGCCUGGGCUGAUGCUUUCCGCAGCUCUCCAGACCUGACAGGAGUGGUCGCAGUGUACGAGGACCUGAGACGGAAGGGACUGGAGUUUCCGAUGACUAAUUUAGACACACUUUCUCCUAUUCACACACCACAGCCGAGUUUCAUCAAACCUGAACCUGUCCCACGACCAGAGUGCCCACCCUCUGAGGCACUUCAUAGAGGAGGAUCACUGAGUCGUCCUGCACCGCCCCCUUACAGCAGCCCAUUGGGAGCGCCAGUAGAUGCUCCUAUUGUCCCUACAGCUGAACAGUUAGAGAAGCUUCGCAGUGAGCUGGAAAUAGUGAACGGGAAUGUAAAAGUCAUGUCGGAGAUGCUGACUGAAUUGGUGCCGCAGAAAGCGAAACAGUCUGAUUUGGAGUUGCUGCAGGAAUUGAACAGUACAUGCCGAUCCAUGCAGCAGAGAGUCCUGGACCUUAUACCUCGCGUGACCCAUGAGCAACUCACAGAAGAGCUUCUAAUAGUGAACGACAACCUUAACAAUGUUUUCCUUCGUCAUGAGAGGUUUGAAAGGAUGUUUGCCGGUCAGACUAAUAGAGCCGCAGAAACCCAGGUUCCAAGUAACAGCGACAUCUUACCAUCUCUCAUUAACCUUGAAACAAGUUCCUCGGCUGUCCAGCCCCCUGCUGCUACUCUGUCUGCACAACUAGCCAGUAUCGACAUGAGCUCUGGCUCUGUGAGUGGAACUCUGCAGUCUCUAGAGCAUACAGGGAAACAGGGAGAUGAUUUUGACAUGUUUGCACUUACCCGAGGGAGCUCUCUGGCUGAUCAACGCAGGAGUGUUAAAUACGAGGACCCCCAAGCUGCAGAUGGACUAGCAGUAGCCCUGGAUACUCGACAGCAGAACACUGGAGCUAUUCCAGCUCCUCAGAAUAACUUCAUGGAAGACGUUGAAAAAUGGCUGAGCACUGAUGCAGGUGAUGACAUUGAGGGGGACGAUGGUGUCACCAGUGAAGAGUUUGAUAAAUUCCUGGAGGAGCGAGCAAAGGCGGCAGAUCAAAUUCCAACAUUACCUUCUCCCCCAACUGACGCUCCCAGAGCAGCUUCCAGCGCAGGACGGGAUAAGAAGGAUAAAGCGGAAGAUGCCCUUUUUGCUCUGUGAGUCCUCACCCGCUCAUUGAGGUGCUCAGGGAUAUAGAAAGGUGUAAACACUUCACUAACGGUUAAUUAAAUGAAAUUUCCCUGUAGGAGAUUUCAUGUGAAACAAUGAUGAGUAUUUUCCCUGCGGUACGAGAAUCCUCUAUAAUACGGGCGGCACUAGUAACACCACAUAAAUGGAGCUGUUGAAUUUGCCUCACUAUUGAUUAAAAAAAGAAUCUGUUAUUGAUGUUAGAAUAUAGGUGCAUUUUCCUGGUGCCUACUGAUCCUGCCAGGCUAUGUCAUGUUUGGAUAGCUGCCUGUAAAGUGGAGAGGUUAGCACUACAAAUUCGAGGCAGUCUACAUGUAUCUCGGACAACAGCUGCAUUCAGAUCUUACUGCUGUUAUUAAGUCCUAAUAUACAUAGAUUGCACUACUGUAAAGCCUUUCUUCUUUUAAGUAUUAAAGUAAGCAUGCAAUGGGGUUGUGCUAAUUACUGCAUUAUGACCAACCUCUUGCUUCCUACCAGAAGUGCCUUGCUGGUUUCCUAUACUUGGUAACAGAAAAGCAAACUGUUGUUUUCUAAGAGGUUACACUGAAGACCCGGAGCAACACCUGGGUUUUCCCAACACUAUUUUUUUUUGGUACUGGAUUACGCUGCUUUUUUUUCUAUAUUUUUCUAAAAUUUGGUGGCUCCGUUGGAAUGAAUAUAGUUAAAGUCAAAUUUUAUCUUUAUAUAUGUGCUGGAACAUUUCUGUUUCGCUUGCUUUUUUCUAUCCAUUUCAAGAUUGCAGAAAAACAACUAAGUGGAGAUCAAUAUCUACUUAACAAUACAGUGGUUUUAAAGAAUGAAGGGCCUGCAGGGUAACCCCUUCAAAAAUACAAAUUGUAAAUGACAAAUAAGCUGGAAUAUCUAUAUAGAACAUGAUUGCAUUGUUGGUUUACUGCUUAUGUGUCAUCUUUGCUUGUGUACGUUAUUUGCAUUUUGUUCAUUUUGGUGUUUUUGAAUAUUUUCUAAAUUACUCUCUUCUUGUAUAAACAUUCAUCCAGACCAAUAUGUCACACGUGAUCCAGAGUUAUUCCUUAUAAUUUAUAGCAAUAGCUAUCAAACUACAUGGGAGUUUUUCUUAAAAAUAAACAAAUAAAUAAUACUGAAAAACUGAAAA